AUGGCACAAAAUGACCCUAAAAUUAAUCACCUCAGCUUUGCUGAUGAUAUAAUAAUUUUUUCAUCAGGGAAGAGCAAGUCUUUACAGCUGAUUAUGAGAACUCUUUCCAAAUAUGAAAAAGUGUCUGGUCAAUUGAUCAACAAAACCAAGAGUCACUUCAUGCUAUCCCCUUGUGCCUCCUCUUUUACUGCUGCUAGAGUCACAAAGGUGACUGGUUUUAACCAGGAAGCAUCCCCUAUCACUUACCUGGGUUGCCCCCUCCAUGUUGGGAGACAAAGAAUCAUCUUUUUCUCUGAUUUGGUGUCUAAAGUUGUUAAUAGAAUUAGAGGGUGGAAUUUUAAAAUCCUAAGCCAUGGGGGGAGGGCUGUUCUUGUGAGAUCUGUCCUACAAUCACUUCCUAUUCACCUCCUCUCAGCUGUUUCACCUCCCAAAACAACCAUGAAACAAAUCCAAAGUUUGAUAGCUGAUUUCUUCUGGGGUUGGAAAGCAGAGAAGAAGAAGUAUCACUGGGCAUCAUGGGAAUCUCUAAGUUUUCCAUGCAAUGAGGAGCUAAAUACUGUCAAAGGGCUAAUCCCAUUAGCAAAAAAUGGGACACUGGCCAGUCUCUUGUUUGGAAACACAUGA